AUGAACGUUGACACACUCCACACAUCAACUACGACAACUGACAUUGACGCUAACGCUCUUGUCGUUUCCAUUCAACAACAACUCAUGCUAAGCGAUGCCAUCCUCUCUAGUUCUUCAACCACACCAAUGAACUCUCCUCUCUCUUCUUCAUCAAGAGAACCUCACUUUACAACAAGCCCACAAAACAGCCAAGUUUUUACAAAUGAGGUUCCUUCUCUCUUGUUGACAUCAACGAGUGACAGCUCUGAAAGAUCCUCGAAAAGUACCAUAUUCCCUGCGAAUCUUGAUGAAGAGAAAGAAUCAUCAAAAGAAAACAACAACCUCUCAACAACCACCAAUUUCUCUUCCUUUACUUUCAAUCCUUCGAAAGAAGAAGAAUCAUCCAUCCGUUCUUCCUUCUUCAAGUCAUUAUCCUCACACUCCGAACAAGAUCCUUCAUUCCAUCGACAUUCCUCUUCACCAUCUUGUCCAUUGAACCACUCACAUACAACAACCCUUGUGGAUGAGAAGAUCAUCAAUAUGGGACUCAUGAUGAGCAGUUAUUAUUACAAUCACAUCAACAUUCAGAUGGAAGAAUCAACAACAACAAAUAACGACCAUGCUGUCAAUGAUUUAGUUCAGCCUCUUCCAUCACCACCACUUGUGACCACUUGUGUGGAUCAUCAUGAUGAACAAGUACGAGUGGUGAUCGAUGAUGAUGAUUUGACACAACGAUCGUCGGGUCGUCAUGAUUCUCACACCACAACUCUUCGAUGUAACAACAACACAUUAGGUGACUUGCCAUUUGAAAUGCUCUUUCACAUUCUCACAUUUCUUCCUCAUCACGAAGAUCUCACUCAUGAAUAUGAAAAGUAUUGGAGUUGUAGAGAGAGAUGUAUGAGAAAACUUCAUGCAGAAUCGAAAAAGUAUUCCACAUCAUCAUCAUCAUCAUCGAAUUCAUGGAGACAACGUUUUGUUCGGAAUUUGAUUGAAUCCACUCAACAACAAUUUGAUCAUCUAAAAAAGGAACCAGAGGUCAUGGUGGAUCCAAGCAAUGGUGGAAAUUCUCUGUUGAUUAAUAAUGCUCAUUUGAACAAUGGAUUUCCAAUGGUGUUGGUGGAUGAAGAGGAUCCAGGUGUAGAUCAUCAUCACCAACCAAUUGCUGCAUCAAUGACAAGUGGCAGCAGUGCUACACAUGGGUUGAUGGAUCUUCCAUCCAUCACUUCAAAAAAGUAUGGAAUCUUCUCCUUGUGCUUUGUGAAUAGUCACUUGUACUAUUCCUUGUUUAAGAAUGUACACUUUUGGAAAUUAAUUUGUGAGUUCUAUUUCAACUUGCCAAAAACAGAGAAUUCAGAGCCACCUAUCGAUAAAAAGACAUUGAUCAGUAUUUACGGAAAGGAACCAUUUGAACGAGAAGAUUCCCCAACCACCAUGUCAAAAAUUGUCAAACUUGGUGAUUGGCUUCAAACCAUGUUAAAUAUUUCCAACUCUUCAGAAUUGAACAUUCCUGACGAUCUUGGAAAUGAAUGGCAAGUUGUUUCAACAGGAGCUGUUCAAACCUCUGGAGCCAAUGCUUCUCUUUUCAUUAGCACCAAUAGCACUUGUUAUCAUCAAGAAUUGGCAUGUUGGCAAUACAGUUAUCACUAUUUACAUUGCAUUCCUGCAAGAUUUGAUCAAGACUCUCGAUACAUGUUACCCAUCUUCCAAAUGGUGACUAAACCAUCUUCUAUGGAAGAUCAGAGAGAUCUUGAACUGUCAGAUGUCAGUGAAUUGACCAAAAAGAGUUGCAUGUACAACACUUGCAUUCAGAGAUGCAUUGAAACAGAUAACAAAAAGUCACCCAAUGAUUAUCGAUGGAGAAAUGCAACCACUUCAAGAACUUUUUCACCAAAUAAUUUGUAUUACUUUGAAUUUUAUGUUGAAAAGAUUGGUGGUAUUAAUUUGGGUGUUGGUUUAGUUCCUAAUAUUCAUUUUACUGCUCCUGAAGGAUCCAAUCCAAAUAAUAUACCAAAAGAUUUCAAUCCUACUCAUUUUGAUAAUUAUAUUUGGCCAUCUGGAAGUUGUCACCACUGUUUUGAAAUUAACAACCAACGAUACUACUCUGGAGAUGUUGUUGGAAUGCUUGUCGAUUAUAGUUACUCUGAAAAGAAUGUUUUGAAAAUUCACUUUUGUCACAAUUGGCACAAGAAGGAUAAGAGAAGAGAUUUAUUUAACAAAUUGAAAAAGAUUCGAGAGAUUGAAACAAAAGAACAGUCACUGUUCUCACUCGAAAGUGUGGAGGAUGAGUUGUGUGCCUUCAUUCUUGAUGAUGAAAUUAAGGAAUUGCAAUCGAAGGCUCAGAAUAUUACGACUUCCACUACUGAGGAUGAAGAAGAUAUUCAUUAUCCAUUUAAGGAAAAUCAAAUGAGACUCAUUUACUUUACCGAUGACAUGCAAACUCAAUUUCCUGAAUGUGUUAUUAGUGAAGGAAGAAAUGAAUUGAUUUCCUUCAUGAAAGUCAAUAGUAAGGAUCAAAACCAUGUGAACACUUGUCCUUCCAAACGAAAGGAUGUGAAAAUUGACGUUCAAUCUCAGAGACCAACUCCAAGCAAGAAAGAACUCCUUCUACCUGAUUUUAAAUUAUGUGUCACAACGUAUGACAAGGACGAUUCUGUUUCAUUGAUUCGUCCAUCUCAACCUUAUCCUCCAUUGUAUUAUCAUCUCCAAAGGAAAGGCAGAUACGGCAAACAAGAUUUUAUGAAAUCCUUGCAUGAAGAACAAUUUUCAGAAUAUGAAAAGAAAGAACUUCGAAAACUCUUAAUCGAUGCCAUUAAUGAUUAUCACUCUCAAUGUAAAACUGCAAGUGACAAUCAUGCUCAACUCCAUACCACCUCUUCGACGAGUACUGCCAAUACUUCUUCCACUACCACCGCUUCUGAUAAGAGUAACAAGUGUAUCAUUAUGUAA